AUGGCUACCGGAAUGCUGAGAACGUCAGGCACCAGCAUCGUCGAUGCAGAUGGCAAGCCCGUCCUCCUCCGAGGCACCACUCUCGGCGGCUGGAUGAUGAUGGAGAACUUCAUCAACGGCUUCCCCGGCCGCGAGUGCCAGAUCCGCGCAGCCCUCCUCAAGGUACUCGGCCGCGAAAAGUACGACUUCUUCUUCGACAAGUUCCUCGAGUACUUCUUCACAGAAAAGGACGGCGAGUUCCUCUCGUCGCUGGGCUUCAACUGCCUCCGCCUAUCGUUCAACUACCACCACUUUGAGGACGACAUGGAUCCCUUUGUCAUCAAGGAGGAGGGCUUCAAGCAUCUUGACAGGGCGAUUGAGAUUUGCACAAAGUACAAGAUCUAUGCCAUAUUAGACCUCCACUCAGCGCCCGGCGGCCAGAACCAGGACUGGCACUCUGACAACCCCACCGGCUACGCGGCAUUCUGGGACCACAAACACUUCCAGGAUAGGGUCGUCCACCUGUGGGAGGUCAUUGCCAAUCGGUACAAGGGCAAUCCCUGGAUCGCGGGAUACAACCUGUUGAACGAGCCGGCUGACGAGCAGUGGACCCGGCUGCUCUCGUUUUAUGAUAGGAUAGUACCUGCUGUGAGGGCAGUUGACCGUGAUCACAUCCUGUUUUUGGAGGGAAACACUUUCAGCAUGGACUUUUCGGGUUUCACAGACGUGUUUCCGAAUUCUGUGUACGCGAUCCACGAUUACUGUGGUUUCGGGUUCCCCAACAGGAUCGGUAGGUAUCAGGGCCUGAAGGAGCAGGAUGAGUACAUCCGGAAGAUGUACGAUAGAAAGGCGGCCUUUAUGAAGGAGCAUGGAGUCCCAGUAUGGAACGGCGAGUUUGGCCCCAUCUACGAGCGGGAGGAGUACAAUCCCGACUACAAAGUCCAGAACGACGAGCGGUUCAACAUGCUAGACAAGCAGAUGGCCAUAUACACGGCCGAAAGCAUCGCAUGGAGCAUCUGGUGCUACAAGGACAUCAACGUCAUGGGCCUUGCAUACGUCUCCCCCUCGUCCCCGUGGCUCAAGCUCCUCUCCCCCAUCAUCCGCAAGAAGCGCGACCUCGCCGUCGAUUCGUGGGCCUACGACGACGCGCACCUCCAAGAAGGCCUCUUCGUCCCCCUGCACAAGUGGUUCGAGGACAACGUCCCCGCGAAGCACAGCAAGAAGUACCCCUGGCAGUGGCGCAUGCACAUGCACGUCUUCCGCGGGAUACGCGGCAUCACCAUGGCCGAGUACAUGAUCCCGGAGUGGGCAGAGUACUUUAGGGGCAAGACGUUUGACGAGCUGGAUGAGUUGGCAGCCAGUUGGAAGAUUGAGAACUGCGUGCAGAGGGAGAGGCUGAAUGAGCUGCUGAGCCUGUAUGCGCCGAUGGAGGCGAUGGAUCCUCGCCUGGAGGGAAAGGUCAUACAACUCGAGGAGGUCAAGGAGGAGGCUGUCAAGGCGAAAGAGAGUGUUUCGGGGGUUGGGGUGUUUGAGCUGGCGCCGGGGGAGAAGAGGCCUGCGGUCACGGUGCAGAUGGUGAAGCAGGCUGCUUGA